GCAGCGCGCUGAAACUGCACGGGAUGGACCCAGUGCAGAAAGCAGUGAUCAACCAUACAUUUGGGGUCCCUGUAACCAAGGCCAAACGCCCCAUCAUCUCUUGCAACGUCUGUCAGAUCCGUUUCAAUUCUGAGAGCCAGGCUGAAGCACACUACAAGGGGAACCGCCACGCCCGGCGAGUAAAGGGAAUCGAGGCAGCCAGAACGCGGCAGAAGGAAUCGGGGCCCCGUGAGGGAGACAAGCCAGGAUCUGCAGGCAGUCCAUCCUCCAGCACUGGGGAGAGUGAUUCUGACCGCACAGCUGAGCAGCUGAAUGGCAUAGGAGCUUCCAUGACGGUGCCCCCCGUGCCAGCUCCCUCCUCGCCAGAUAAACAGUCCUGCCUGGGAUCUCCAGCAGCAGCAGUAGCCCCCCACCUGGCCACCUGCCCGGAGCCAAGCCAGAGUUCCAAGAGUGGGCCGGCCUGGGGGACCAAGCUGGGAGAAAUCUCGGCCACAUUGGCAACCCCAGCCACUCCAGGGGUGGCUCCCCAAAGUAAUGGCAGCCCCAAGCCUGAUGAAGAAAAGGCCAAGAAGCUGCUCUACUGUGCCCUCUGCAAAGUGGCCGUCAACUCGCUGUCUCAGCUUGAGGCACAUAACAAAGGUACAAAGCACAAGACUAUCCUGGAAGCGCGCAGCGGACUGGGGCCUAUCAAAGCGUAUCCACGUCUUAGUCCCACAACUGGAGGGGAAGCAGGCAGCCAAGACCCCAGUGCUCAGGAGAGAACCUUCCACUGUGAAAUCUGCAAUGUCAAAGUUAACUCGGAGAUCCAGCUCAAACAGCAUAUUUCCAGCCGGCGGCACCGGGAUGGAGUUGCUGGGAAGCCUAAUCCCUUGUUGAGUCGGCACAAGAAGCAGCGUGGCAUGUCAGAGCUGCCAGGCUCCCUGGCCUUUUCCAAGGAGCUUCCCAAGUCCCUGGCAGCUGGAUUGCUACCAAACCCCCUGAAACAGACGUUGCCAUCGGCUGAUUCCCAUUUUGUCAAGCGGAAGAAGAGCACCCGACUCGAAAUGGAAUCCCAUAGCCCGGGGUAG